UCUGAGGGGGGAACCACCGUGUUUGUCAGUAUGACAGACAUUUACGAUUGUCAUGAGAAACUCCAGAGGGACACCCAAUUCCUGUGCUCACAUCAGAGGCUGGACACUGAACUGGUUGACAGACUUGUGCUGCAGCUGAACAGGAUCUACCCCCAGAUACUCAGCGACAAGGAAGCACACAGGUUCAGGAACCUGAGUGUGCCCACAAAAGUGCGGUUAGCAGAGCUCUUGACGCACCUGUAUGUGAAGGGAGAGGAGGCCUGUCAUGAAUUCUACAGAGGACUUCACAUCCAUGCUGAGGAUGUCUACACCAGCCUGCCCACUAGAGUCACCCAGAGAGAUAUGGUGGAGCCUAAAUGGAAGUACAAUGCAGCCAGCACCCAAGAGCGAUACGUGCUUAAUGACAGAGGACCGAUGUUCUUCCUGAGCUGUUUCAGUUUUUUAGUCGGUGUUGCAAUGCUCUACUAUUAUGGAGAGGGUGACACAUUAAGAUGUACCAGACCUUUUCUUCACUGCUCUGCUGCUGCGCUAAGUAAUGGUGCUAAAGAUGUUUUGAUUUCCUAUGCUGAGGUUUGAAAACAGAAUAGAAGAGGCCAUUGAGGUGCUGAAAAUGAAGAUCGGGUCCUUUGACAACAUCAAACCAUUAAAUGUUCCCCUUUGCAGUGCCAAACUCAGAACCUUGAAGAGCUACGUGAUUUUUUCAUUUUCAUUUUACCUUUGUCUUAACAGUACUUGACUUGUUUUGCAGUACUUGUAUGGAAAACAUGUAAUGUUCUACCCCAAAGCUUGUAUAUAUGAGGCUUAUUUUCUGUAUGCAAUGAUUCCAGUCACAUUCUCUAUAAAAUGUAAUAUUUGCUGCACUCCGACUGACCUCUGCUUAGGUUUGAGCUGAGUGGAGCUAUGCUGGCAAUCACAUUAUGUCACUAAACUCUACUGAAGGCAUUAGUAUGAAUAAUGGGGGGUUAUGUUGUCCUACUAACAGAGUUCCUACAAGAGUUGCAAAGUAUUUAUACUGCCUAAGUGUGCAAACUUACUGUUUCCCUGUAAUCUGUUCAUGCAUUGCAUUCUUUCAUCUCCCUGUGCCUUGACGGUGGUGCGGAUAAUGGGACAAGCACAAAGGAUUAUGGGUCAGAAUUUUCAAAAUAUAUACUUGUCUAAUACAAAAUGUUACUAGAUAAAGUAGAAAGUCUUUUUGCACAUCAAAUCCAAUAUGCAUACUGCAAUGAUACAUUACAGCAUCCAUACAUUUAUACCGCUUAGUAUGGCAUAAGAAUAUUAA